AUGCACACAAACUCUAUCGACUCUACGACUCCAGCAGCCGAAGCACACAGUAACUAUGUUACAGCAAGGUAUAACGUGCCCAGGAAGGGCCCUCCUAUAGAGUACGAUGAAACGGAUGAUUCCGCUUUCAGUUCUGGCUGGUGCCGUCCUGUAGAUUGGUUCUCUCAUGAGUUUUUUCAUGAUAAUACCGCAAUAUGGAUCUUAUCAGUCCAUUUUUUGGUAUUUUUCAUCGGGAUGUGCUUUGGUCCACUGACAUUGCCAUUAUUGCAAGAUGCUGGCGAAGGUGCCGUUCCAAGUGGAGAAAGCUUGAUGAAAAAACCGAUCGAAGCGGUGGAUGCGGUUGGUGCCAGCCUAUCGCAUUUUAAGACUAUUCGCAAUGGCCUCUUUUUUUUGGGUACAACUAUGCUCAUGUUCAUUGGGACAUUGAUCAUAGUGAUGACUUUGAGGUACAUUGGUAUCAAGCUGGUUAUUCAACCCCUGUACAACAUUUCACACUUGGCCGUUGUAGUGACAUAUGCUAUGGAUCCCGCUGCGGCAUACUGCAUAUGGACUAUAAUAAACUAUGCCGUGCUACGCAAGCUUACAGAACCAGUGUAUGAAAACAAUCUAUUGGUCUAUUACCGCUUUAAGGGAUUAGGUGAACGUUUAUCGCAUUUCCAUGAAAUAGAUUUGCGAUGUUAUACGUGGACUAAUUCUACAUUCCAAUUACUCAUUUUGAUAUCCAUGCGUAAACUGGUACUCAGUUCGCUUUUGUUCUUUUUUGAGGUUACCUUUUUGCCGAACUACAGUGCGGAGUUGCAAACGUACCUCAGAGAACAGGCUUUAUUGCGUAAAUUCAACGCUGCAUGGGUAAACUUCAUUAAUCGCGCACGCGAUUCGGAACACCCAGCGGUAAUUGAGGGGCUGAAUACCGCUAGUGACGCCAUUGAUAAGAUACCUUUGCCCGAAACGCCAAUCGCAUAUGACCAUAAGAUAUACUAUGACUCAAGUCACUUCAACAUAUUCCGCCAACCUAUCCAUGCGUGGCGAAUGUGUCAUCGUCGUGAUGAUGAUAUUCGGAAAAAGGUCGUGUGCUUGAGCAAUAUGCUUACGAACUGGAGCGCUUUACAUCACAUGGUACACCAUCCACCAGAGUUACUGUUUUUGGACUUUUAUGUCCCACUGGUCUCCAAAAGGACCGUUCAAGAGUAUUCCAGGCUUUUGUUCGACCAUAUAUAUGAGACCAUGACUGCGUUGAAUCACCCGGAGAUCACUGACGCAUUGUCCAACAAAGUCCAAAGCUCAAAGACUAACAUUAACGGUAACUCAACAACGGAGCAGACAGAGGAUGUUCAGGAGGUGCGUCAAUAUGAUCGCAUUUCAACUUUGCAUGCUUUGGCAAAGGCGAAAACCAGUUUGCCUAUGAUCUAUAUGCCAUCUGGCAAGUUGGAUACCGAUUCUUGCGCUGAGGAUGAGGAUAUACGUCCCGAACCACAGUUAGAUCGCAUGGCAACGGAAACAGAAGAUCGUCGUGCUCUUACCAGUAAAAUGUUUCCGUUACUUAACCAAUCUGUUGUGGAGGGAUUUUUCUCUGCGUACGAUAUCGGAAAUUGUGGCAAUGUGAGUUCUCAAGUGUUCACCAGGAAUGUAUUAUACAUGUGUUCUUUACGUAAAAGGUUGAUGAGCGCUCUUAAAAAUCAGCGCAGUAUUCUAGGUUUAGUCCACCGCCUGCUGAGCACAGCGUUAUGGUUCCUUAUUUUUGUAAUGUACCUCAUGACAUUCCGGGUGAACAAGAAUGUCGUCUUGCCAUCUGUGAUUGGUUUUUUUUCUGCUAUGAUUGUAGCAUUGAGUUAUAUGUACACUAGUUUUAUUACGGCUAUUAUUUUUGUUGUUCUCUCAAACCCAUAUAACGUGGGUGACCGUAUACGUAUCGACAAUGGCGAGGCUAUGUAUGUCAAAUCAAUCACCACAUACAAUACAGUUUUCCGCUGUGCACAUGAAAAGAUUAUUACAUAUCAAAAUUCGUUGCUGAGCACGAUGAAUAUUACCAAUGAGACUCGGGCACGUCAUGCUGUUUUGGAGAUUAAGCUUCGUGUCCAUUCUACAACUACCCCUGCGGCUUUGAAACAAUUAGCCGAGAACAUCAGGAGUUAUGUUAACGGUCGACCACGUGAAUUUGUUCGGGAUGGUUGUUUUGUCUAUGUGUCGGAGAUGCAAGUAGGACACUAUUUCCUUAUCAGUGUCCUUGUAACUUACAUGGACAGCUGGAUCAUCCCCUCUCACAUCUUUUUGUUACAAAACUCAUUGAUGAUGCAUAUAAUAAAGCAAUGUGAUAUGUUGGGAAUCACGUACCGUGAGCCUAUUGCGCCGGUACAUUUCAGCGGUGCCCUGACUUGCAAUGCUUAA